AUGCAUAUCAUUGGUGUAUUUUCUUCUUUCACAGUCGAUUUCCACAAAGUGCCGCGUCGACAUCGUAAACCCCAUUCUCCUUUGAUCAAGGAAGAACCCGAUGUCGAGCUCCGUCUAUCAAGGACAACCGAUGCUGCUUUCGAUAAUGUCGACAACAUCGAGACGGGGGCAAAAUCAAUACCGCCGUCUACGUCUGGGAUUGAUUCCAAACAUGAAGAUGGACUUGUAGGACGACUAAGGGGAAAUCAUCAUCGCCAUCAUCAUCGACAUCAUCAUCAACGACAACAAGACAAGUGGGAUCAGCUGAGAGACAAGAAAGUCCGUGACAAAGAAAGAACUUUAAAAUCCACGAGAACAGAUGAUUAUAAUAAGACGAAGCUACUGAAGGAUGAUGAUAACAUAGAGAAAGCUCAUCAACGAAUACGGCACGGAGGCACAGGCCGCGGCAGACACGACAGGACAUCGGCACAGGAGAACAUAGAUUCGAAGGUCCAUCACAAACGGGGCAAGCGGGACGGGCCCGGUGCCCCACUACCACCCUCUCAUUCUUUAGCCACCCAUCCGCCCCCACCGAUAAUGGAUGGCGACCCCCCAUGGAUGAGUGUGCCGCCCCCUAGCCACUUCCCCUACCAGUUUCCUCUCGGUCAGGUCGCGGAUAGUAACGGUGGUAAUCCCAAAACGCAAACUACCAGAAUGCCUACGACGUGUAGCACAGAUCAUUCGAGCGAUGAAAGUGGGUCUGCUGUGAGUCAUUUAUAUGGAACCACACGAUGGACUCUUUCACUUGCGAUUUUAUUAUCCCUUGCAAUUCACAUUUUAUUGUAAUGACUGGAACUUGUCAACAAGCACCCCCGACACGGACUAUCGAAUCCGACAUCGUAUUUAUGAGAUGUUCGGUGAGGAUAUAAGCGUGUGAUAUACAUCAUGGUAACAUCAUCCGGGAGAGAGAUGUCGUCCCAGUUACAACUUCAGAGGAAAUCGUUUCAGAGACGAGUAUCACACUCGCUGCAUUGAGAUGAUAUCUAUCGGGGUCGAAUGACGGCGUUCUCCUAACCGAGCGUACAUCUUUCUGAGAUCGACGUAUUUUCGUGAGAUAUUCCAUGGUACGCAGCAUGACUCUCCGGUACAUAUUCGUUGAUUACGAUGCGGAGAAGAAACGGACAUGGUUUCACAAACACAGAUCUCCAUGGUUUCAUUAUUAUCACCCGAUGACCUAUUUUCGUGUAACUCGUCAAUCUCGGCAAAAUUAAGGAGCCAUGCAAGUCUAAUUUCGAGAUUCGGGGUCGAUCCUGCAUGGGAUCGGUCUCGAUAAGUCAUGACAGUAUUGCAUGCAAAUAGAGAUUCUUUACUUUUUAUGAAAUUCUAACAUCGUCAGAUUAUCCCCAAAAUAGGCUGCUUCCUUGGAUUUCGAUGUGUGGAAUCUCCUUCAAGAGUAUAAAGGUGACACGAAUAUCUAUGACCUUAUAUCCUGCCAGAGGUUUCGAAGAAAUGUUUACAUUUUCGGCAACAGCAAUUGGACUGCUCGAAUCAUAGAGGGCGCUAUUACAGUUCUCAAGAGACAUGAUAGAGAGGUCCACCUCUAUGGAGAGAGUACCUCAAUUUCGAUCAGUAACGUCACUCAAGGUGUGAACGCCAUUGAGGUCCAUUGUUAUCAUCUACACUGAAAAAAUACUGUAAAAAAUACUCCAGUCGGUUUUGUGAGAAGACCACACCAAACAUCGAACACCAGUAGGUUCAACAACCAUUGGCGUUAUUCAUUUUGUAAUAUUGACACUAUGUUGGUGUUAUAUUCAAAUUUCAAGGUGUAACAUCGUGUUUCAACAUUAAUUAUGAUGGUACAGUAUUGCAUGAAAAUAGAGAUUCUUUACUCUCACAACACCGACUGUUGUUGCGUUACAUCGUAGUCCUUACAUCUCCAAAAUGAGCGUUUCGAAGGCCAUUUUGGUUCCCAAAUAAGAACAACAAUAACAACAACAGAUGCCAGAGUUGAAAUUAUUUUUAAUCAUAGGGAAUCUUUCUCAAGACAUGCAAGAAGUUUAUGUAUAUUCUGCAACUGUUUAGAGCAUCGUCUGGACCCCCGGUCAAGGUCGUAUAGUUAAUUUAAAGAAAUAGUUAUUCCAAAUGUAUAGAACGCUUUGGAGAAAAGAAUAUGUUAUCUCGUUACCAUCUAGUACACGGCCGCGAGACCAAGGGUCCAAAAGGCUGAUAUUAUUUCCUCGUAAUAUUUUUAAUCAUAAUUGUUUAUAACUAACCACAACUUAGUCAAGUGAUCGAGGAUAAAUUUCAGUUUAUAUUGAAUAAUAACUAAGCUGGAAAUCUCCGAUGAAAGAAAAUACGAGCAAAUCGGUCUCGUGUACCCUCGAUGAUCCUCGCUUUGAGAACUUUCGAAACCAUUAGUCAACGAACAAGCUGAGAAGUUCAUUUUUUUAUUUUGUUUUAAAUGAAAGUUAACAGAAUAAGUGUCACAUCACAAUUAUAUCAUGUAUAUGAGAGUAUUUUAUGUAUAGAUAAUGAGCACUUGUUAGUUUUUGGAUCUCAUACUAGAACACAUACUUUUUCGAAACGUGUUACAUACAAAUUUCUUUCAAAGAUUUAAAUUUAAGGAAAAAAAUCAAGCUUUAUAUUUAUCGUGGAAGGCCUAAACACCCGUCGAAAAUUAGUAAAUGUAUUUUUCGUAACAUGUUAUUAUAGUCAUAAUUGGUAUCUUUAUUGUGCAUUUUCAUCACAAUCUGUAGUUAGAUUGUAUUUUCUUUAAUUGAAGAUUCGGAACUACACAGGGAGUUCCGGCCCGAGAAGCGGACCGGGGCUCACUUGGUUAGAACUACACUUGCUUAUAGUUACAUCGUUGUGUUUUUUAGUUGCGUUGAGUUUACUCAGAUUACUGCAACUGAUUUUUAAUAUGAUAGUGAAAAACACGAUCUUAGUCUCAUUAAAAAAAAAUCAUUCUGGACAAAGGGUUAAAAAUAAUAUGAGAAAAUUUAAACCAAUACAAUAGAUAUAAUUAUAUUCAACUCAAAUGGGCAUUCAGAAAUAGGUGAGUUUUUCAUUAUACUUUGAAUCUGUUUUGUCAGGUAAUAUUUCUGAAUGUAUGGUGGGAGGGAAUUCCUUACUGAUGGUGCAACCUUCUGGAAAUUCCCAUCUCCAAGAUUUAUUCACAUAGAUGAAAGAGAAUAUAUUUGAAAGUUUGAAUAAAAGUUGCCCAAAUAUUGGGCUAAAUAAGAACAAGCACUUUAUGGAGUAACAAAGAACACGUUUCAUGGGUAUUUUUUACAAAUAGUAUUUGGCGUUGUUUUACGCAACAGUUAUAUAUGUUUCCUUUCAAACCAAUUUUUUACGGGAACUCUAAAAAAAAAUUAUAUGACUAAUUAUGGAGGUCCUGAAGACGAGGAGGGAUAUCACGGACACUGUAAAUUUAGGUAUUAAUACGAUAUCUAUUGAUCCGGGUAGAUAUAGUAAAGGUCAGAUAAGAUAGGGGUUAUGUGCUCAAGCUUUCCCUUCCGAGUUAUAUCAUGUAUAUUAAGUCCUACAACAGAAUUUGAAAUGUGUUUUAAUUUAUCGAGUAGUGUAUAAAUAUUUACAAACGAACUUUUCUUACGUCAAGCCUCAGUUGUGGUUGCUUUGGUCACACUUAUAUACGAGAAUGAAAGGUUUUUUUUUCAACUUGCAUCACUUCCCAAAGUAGUCACUGUAUGUAAUCACUUAAGCUGUUAAACUGCUAAAAUGGCAAAAUAUGUCCAGGUUUUUGUCUCAUCUGUACACCUUGAAAACAAUUAUUUCAAAUGUAUGAUUCAAUUUUAUAUUGUUAUCUUGUAAUAGAUCUUAUGGUGUAAUUCUAACUGUGAAUGCCUUGUAUAUCGGAUUUAAGACAAUCAGCUAAAUAUAAGGACACUAACAUUUAUAUAUUA